AUGAGCAGCGACUCGGACCGCGAGUGCCCGCUGGACGGAGACCCCCAUCAACAAGAGAUGGUUCCAAGUAAGAAGAGUGCCGUUCUCGUGGAUGGGGUUGUACUGAACGGCCCCACAACAGACGCAAAAGCAGGAGAAAAAUUUGUGGAAGAGGCCUGUAGGCUAAUCAUGGAAGAGGUGGUUUUGAAGGCUACGGAUGUCAGUGAGAAGGUUUGCGAGUGGCGGCCUCCUGAACAGCUGAAGCAGCUUCUUGAUUUGGACAUGAGAAACACAGGAGAGCCACACCACAGGCUGUUGGAGCUCUGCCGGGAUGUCAUCCGCUACAGCGUCAAAACUAACCAUCCCAGAUUUUUCAACCAGUUGUAUGCUGGACUUGAUUACUACUCCUUGGUGGCCCGAUUUAUGACAGAAGCCUUAAACCCAAGUGUUUAUACGUAUGAGGUGUCCCCAGUGUUUCUGUUAGUGGAAGAAGCGGUUCUGAAGAAAAUGAUUGAAUUUAUUGGCUGGAAAGAAGGGGAUGGAAUAUUUAACCCAGGUGGUUCAGUGUCCAAUAUGUAUGCAAUGAAUUUAGCUAGAUACAAAUACUGUCCCGAUAUUAAGGAAAAGGGGCUGUCUGGGUUGCCAAGAUUAAUCCUUUUCACGUCGGCAGAGUGUCAUUACUCUAUGAAGAAAGCAGCCUCCUUUCUUGGGAUUGGUACAGAGAAUGUUUGCUUUGUGGAAACAGAUGGAAGAGGUAAAAUGAUACCUGAGGAACUGGAGAAGCAAAUCUGGCAAGCCAGAAAAGAGGGAGCAGCUCCGUUUCUCGUCUGUGCCACCUCUGGUACCACCGUGCUGGGAGCCUUUGAUCCUCUGGAUGAAAUAGCGGACAUCUGUGAGAGGCACGGCCUCUGGCUUCAUGUGGAUGCUUCGUGGGGCGGUUCAGCUUUGAUGUCAAGGAAGCACCGCAAGCUCCUGAGAGGCAUCCACAGAGCCGACUCCGUGGCCUGGAACCCCCACAAGAUGCUGAUGGCUGGAAUUCAGUGCUGCGCUCUCCUCGUAAAAGACAGAUCCGACCUUCUCAAGAAAUGCUACUCUGCCAAGGCAUCUUACCUCUUCCAGCAGGAUAAAUUCUAUGAUGUCAGCUAUGACACAGGAGACAAGUCUAUCCAAUGCAGCAGGAGACCAGAUGCAUUCAAGUUCUGGAUGACUUGGAAGGCCCUGGGAACAUUAGGCCUUGAGGAAAGAGUUAAUCGUGCACUUGCUUUAUCUAGAUACCUUGUAGAAGAAAUCAAGAAAAGAGAAGGAUUCAAGCUACUGCUGGAACCUGAAUAUGCCAACAUUUGCUUUUGGUACAUUCCGCCGAGCCUUCGAGAGAUGGAAGAAGGACCUGAGUUCUGGGAAAAACUUAAUGUGGUGGCCCCAACCAUUAAGGAGCGGAUGAUGAAGAAGGGAAGCCUGAUGCUGGGCUACCAGCCCCACCGGGGGAAGGUCAACUUCUUCCGCCAGGUGGUGAUCAGCCCUCAAGUGAGCCGGGAGGACAUGGACUUCCUCCUGGACGAGAUAGACCUACUGGGGAGAGACAUGUAGCUGUGGCUUUUGGUUCCCCAGAGGCACGGGUCCUGUCCUGGGGAGGCUUUCAGAUCCAGGGCAUCUGGGGACACGGAGACUGUGGCCCUUCUGGUGAGAAAUAGGAAAGGUGGCCUGGUCUGGCCUGUCAAAGCAGAAAUGCUAAGCAAAUAGUGUUAAGGACUCUUUAGCUGCCUGGGCACUAGUGUUGCUAGAAAGGAGGAAGUGAAAAAAUGGAUUUGCUCAAAAGUUGUCUUUAGGACACAGCCUCGAAGAGAGUUUAUUUAGUAAGUACCACACAGGGAAGGCCUGGGUUCUAAGCUUCGAUUGCCCUUUUCAAGAACAUGUAAAUUAAUAGUUGAAAGCAGUGGUUCUCGAAUUGGUGGUCCCUCCACUGGCAGCAUCAACAUUGCCAUGGAACUUGUUAGAAAUACAGGUUCUCAGCCCCGCCCAGACCUACCGAAUCAGACCCUUUAUAUUUCAAGUGCGACUCAACAUUCUAUAUUUGAAGUAGCUUUCCAGGUGAUUCUGAGGCAAGGCAAAAUCUGAAACCAGUGGCUUAGCGCAACCUUGUGAAGACUGAAUAAUAACUCCGAUGUUUUGCCAGCAAAGAGAUAGCUAAUAUUUCAGCAACCCCUGAGUCAGUUUGAAAAUACGGCCAUGGCAUCUGUAGCACAAGUGUUUAGGGGCAUCAGAAGUAUAUAUAUUUUUGAACAGAGGAACUGUUUAAGAUGUUUACAAAGAUGUAUCUUUUAUGCAGCUGAAUGUUUAUUCUCAAAAGUUAAAAUUAACCGUUAUCUAUUCUAAAUUACUUAAAUUAGAGAUAAGGAUAAGGACACUUUGUAGCAUGGCCUUUUUAAUGAAAGCAAUGGUACUAAUUCACUUCCCAAAGCGCUUGUGCCAUUAGCUUGGAGUAGACAUUAGAUACAGAUGUCUCCAGCUAUGUAUCUCUCUC